CCGUCCAAAGGUUAGGGAAUCAACAGAGCUCUCUAGUCCAGCUUCGGAUAAUGAAAGGAGGCUGAGCUUCUGCAAUCCACUCUGUGGAAAGCUCAUGUGUGAAAACCAGAGAAUAAACCUGGAUUUAUAAGCACUGCCGAACGGCGAAAAGAAAACAAACAGAAGGAAAAGCACACUCGGGGCUGGAGCAAAGGUAAAGUCCUCUUCUGCAUACGCAAAGCUUCCUGGUCUCCUUUGAACGGUGAACGCACCUCCGCCGGCGGCGGCGCUGCUGCUACUGAAGAACUGCUGAACGUUAAACGCGGGAGGAGAAAGAGGUUACUGUCGCUUUUCCGUCGCGCCGUUCCCGACCGCGCCAUGAAAACUUCUUCGGUCUUCCUCUACUAUUGCCUCGGCUUUGCCUGGAACGUGUUCCUAAUUUAUUUUCUCUCCACUUUAUCGAGGAAAGGAGAAAAAAAGUCAAGCGACGUCUUAGCCUACGGUGGGCUGUGGAGGUUUCUGACAGUUCUCAAUCUGGUUUUACAGGCUGUUUUCAAUGGGGUCUCCCUGCUAGUCGAUGCAUUUGUACUAAUGAAGCAACAGCAAAUUGCUAAGUCCAUGUUUCCCUUCAGAGACUUGCUCUAUGCUGGCCUGGCUUUUCCUGUCUCCACGUUUAUCUUUACAAGCUUUUGGACAUUAUACCUUUAUGAUCGGCAGCUGAUUUACCCCAAGAGCCUUGAUCUUAUCUUUCCUGUAUGGAUGAAUCAUGCUAUGCACACAGUUAUAUUUCCAUUGGUCCUGGUGGACCUCUUUAUUACUCCUCAUCAUUAUCCAUCAAAGGGGAAAGGGCUCAGCUUAUUAGGAAUUGCCUCUUCUGCCUACCUCUGCUGGAUCCUGUGGAUUUAUUCAGUGACUGGAAAGUGGGUAUACCCUGUCUUUGAGGCUCUAAGUCCACUUGCAAUAGCAGCCUUUUUCUUUGGGAGUGCCGCCCUCCUCCUCUUUAUCUAUAACACAGGAGAAUUCCUCUGCCACAUGAUUUGGGGUGAUUCCAUAGUCCGUCUUGACGUUUAUAGAAGCAAAAGCAAAUGAAACUGUGAUGGUGCCAGAGAAAGACCUAGAUGAAUUAAGAAUGAAACCAAUGAAGUCGAGCAGGAAGAUCUCUCUGUGUGGAACCUUCUCUCAUUGCUGUUCAGCAUUUAGUGUCUUCCAAUGAAUCUAAAUUCUAAAAAAUACCUGGGUUCUGGGAAUGGAUUUAGGGGUCUGGUUGGGCAGAUCUCUUCCAGGGUUCUGGAGGGAUUCAGUGGAUUCCAAAAAGCUCUAAAUAGAUCCCCAUAUACAUCAAGCCAUAUGCCUUGUGUGCCAAUUAAACAAUGUGUGCCUGCCAUGGCACAGAAUUCUCCAAGGCUGCUGCAAUCUUUCUGGCAUAGAUUGUACCUACCGUACCACCCUUGCAAUUCCUGUGCAGUAAUUUGGGGAAGGGGGGGUCAGUGGGCCCAACCUGCACUUGUCUCAGGCCUUUAAUGUUCAUGCCAGUGUGUCACAUUGCUAUGGAAACUAUAACCCCUACAAUGCCAAGCAAUGCUAGAUGCUUGCUGCAGCAAUUCUAGUGCAGAUUAGACCCUCCUCGCUUCUCCUGAACAGGAAGAGAUGGGGGAGUGCCUACACUGGGAGGACUGCUGCAGGCUUGGAAGGCUUUUGGCUCUCUAGAUGACUUCAGUGUGCAUAUGGCCCUUAGGAAAUAUGGGUGGGAAAGUCCUAGACCCCAGUCCGUAAAGAACCUGAUCCAGAACCAGUACAUUUAGAUCAAAUUGACAAUGGACUUCCUAUCUUUAAAUGAAACUUUCGUACUACAUCGUGAAGAAUGAUGGACAAAAUUGACUGACGACAUUUCAGAUGAUUAAGGAAAAAAUUAAUUAUUGCACAUUUAAAAAAAUACAUUGUGUCCCAUUUUGAAUUCAAUGCCAUGGGAUAAGUAUUCAUCCUUAAUUACUGAAAGAACAGAUCUGGAAGUGUCCAAUAUGGCUACAGCAAGAAAUCUGGAAUAUUAAUAUCUGAGAGCGGGGGAGAAGGAAAGAGAGGGAGAGAGUUAAUGAGAUUCCUGACAUUUACAUGGCUUCCUCUUUCGGGUUUCAGAUAUGGUAAUCCUGAAUCAAAAUAAUGUAAUGAUGUUUAACAUGAUGUUAACAUUAGGGUUAACACAAAUCUCUCUGCCCCAUUUUACAUUAAUUUCCUAACCUCACUUGCUAGUUUAUUUCUGUUAUUAUUCUAAGUGUCUUAUUAAGCCUUGGAGAACUGGAACAAUCAUUCUAAAAAGAUGAAUAAAGAAAUGAACUUGA